CCCAAGUUGGUGAAAAAAGAAAAAAGAAACCUUCCAAGCAUUUAGCUUCUUCAUCAAGAAAAUGAACCUUCCGGUUCUUUGGUCAAUAUCUUGGUUCUCAACAAACAAAUAAUCAGAUAUAAAUACAAAAAAUUUUCUUCGAAAUGAUAGUCUUUACCUCUAAUUGAUGUCAUUAAAAUUAGUGGGACAGUAACAAAGCAGAGAACACAAAAACAUAAAGUGAUGGUUCUCCCAUUAAUGAAGUUAGGGACACUUGCUUUAAAGACUUUAAGCAAACCCAUUGCAGCUAGGCUCAAGAAAGAAGCUGGCUUGCACCCCAAGUUCCGUCAUUUGAUCAUCAGCAUGGCUCAGGCGAAUCACCGAAUGACAACAACCAUGCAAAGACGGCUUUAUGGCCAUGCAACUGAUGUUGGAAUACGACCUUUGAAUGAAGAGAAAGCGGUUCAAGCAGCUGUUGAUCUUCUGGGGGAAUUUUUUGUUUUCUCGGUCGCAGUUGCUGCUCUUGCAUUUGAGGUGCAGAGAAGUGCUCGGUCAGAGGCUAAGAAGGAGGAACUUCGUAGGCAAGAAAUGGAGAAAUUGAGGCAACGAGAUGAAGCAUUGGAAAAGGAGAUGGAGGGCGUCAAAAGCAAAAUUCAAGAACUAGAACAGCUAGCAAGGGAAAAGGGACUUGCUGGUAUGUUCAAUCUCAGACAUCCUUAUGUUAAAGAAGGCAAGACAGCAACACCAGCAUGAUCUGUUUGCUCAGUUUUGGCUAACAAUAGGAAUCAUAUUGUUCCUUUUCAUUCUUUAGAUCUAAGUCCUAUUUGACUAUUUCAAGGAAAGCGCGGUCUAAGCUUCUUGCCUACUCACUGUAAAUAAAGUUGAAUUUUGAACUAGCCAUUGUUGUUGAGAAUAUAGAUGUUGAAGGGCGACCAUUUUAGAGCUUCAUUUGUUCCA